CGUCUCUUUUGCUCCCUCAUUACAUUUCAACUCUUCCAUUGUCUAAGCUUCCCCUCAUUUCUUUUCCGAAUUCCAGUCAUCACUUUUGCAAAAUCCUGUCAUUUCCUUUCCCACUUUCAAUUACUCCCCGCUUAAUAAAUCCCAAUGCAGUUUGUAUAUGGAGUGCUGCUAUGACUGAAAUGUGAUCAAUUUGGGAAUUUCUAACCUCGAAGUACCCGUAUUUGGAAUUGUAGUAUUCUCCUCGAAUCAUUCGAAUGCAGGGAGAAGGGCAAGAUUCUGUAUGUAUUUGUGCAUGACUAGUAACUGGAGCUGUAGUUGCUUGUGAUUUGGAAUAGUGAUAACUGGGCCGGGAGUGGAAUAUGAGCAAUACUUUUGGGAGUAACUUGUUGCAGGCGAGAUUCCAUUCUUCUGGGGUGUCUGUAUAUCAUAGAAGAAUCAGCUCCCCUCCUUAUCUUGGGGGUAGUUCCUUGUUUGAGUCUCAAGUGAAUUCAUUGUUAAGGAAAUCUCCUUUAUUAAAUGAAUUGUGUGUUGAAAGAUUUCCUCUUCAGAAAGGAAAGUUUCCAAUGGCACAUCAGCCUUCAGUGUCUUGUUCACUUAAGGCCAUGUUUGCAGCCGACCCUUCUUCGGAGAAUUCUCAAAAAUUCAAACUUGAAAGAAAUAUGGAACUCCAGGUUGAUAUUAAGGCCCCCAUGUCAGGUCAUGUGCUGAUUGAUUAUAAAGUUCCCAGAAGCGCUAGUGGCUUAUUUCUUCAUUGGGGUGCGAUCAAACCUGGGAAUGACAAGUGGAUUCUUCCUGGCUGUCGUCCAAAUGGGAGCACAGUAUAUAAGAACAAGGCACUUCGAUCUCCUUUUAUGCAACAGGCUGGCCCCGACUCUGUUGUAACGUUAGAUAUAGAUGAUCCUGCAAUACAAGCCAUAGAGUUUGUUAUAUAUCACAAACCUCAUAAUAAAUGGAUAAAGAACAGGGGCAAGAAUUUCCACAUUAAGUUGCCUCAGAGAAAACCACAGUCAAAUCUUUCUGUUCCUGAGGAUCUUGUGAAGAUACAGGCAUACUUGAGGUGGGAGAGGAAAGGAAAACAAACAUAUAAACCUCAGCAAGAAAAAGAUGAAUACGAAGCGGCAAGAACUGAACUUUUAGAGGAAAUAUCAAGAGGUACUUCCAUAGUGGACAUUCGAGCGCGAUUAACAAAGAAGACUGAUACACAUAAACUCAAAGAGCAAGCUCUUGGCCAAGGAAAGGGCGGUAUACCAACAGAGCUUGUGCAAACCCAAGCAUUUAUACGUCAGGAGAAAGCAGGAAAACCAAUCUACUCUUCAGUAGAACAACUUAAACAAUUUGAAGAAGCAAGAAAAGGAUUGCAACUUGAACAUGAGAAAAGAAUUUCACUUGACGAGUUGCGGAAGAAGAAUUUUGAAGGAGAAAUACAAGCUAAUUCUCUCAAGCAAGUAGAACAAGAAAAUUACUUCAACAUGGAAAAGAUUCAGAGAAAGAAAAGAGACUUGAGUCAACUUAUCAAUAAGAAAGCUUCGGGGGGUACAACGGAAGUAUUAUCCGCAAUUGAUCUGUUUGCCAAGUCUAAAGAAGGACAGACUGAUGGCCCUAUAGUAACAAAGAAAAUAUAUAACAUUUCUAACAACAAACUUUUGGUACUUGUAGCAAAAGACUUAGGUAAGACAAAAGUUUAUUUGGCUACGGACCUCAAUGAGCCUGUUAUUCUUCAUUGGGCUCUAUCAAGGAAACCUGGAGAGUGGUUGCCGCCGCCUCCAAAUAUGUUGCCUUAUGGAUCGAUUUCCUCACAGAGUUAUGCUGAAACCCCGUUCUCAAGCAGUUCUUCUGAUAGUUUAUUGCAUAAGGUCCAAUCCUUAGAAAUUCUUGUGGAAGGUGGAGAAUUUACGGGCAUGCCAUUUGUUCUUUUAUCUGGUAGGACAUGGAUAAAAGACACGGGGUCGGACUUUUAUGUUGACUUUAUUACUCAACCUGUGGAGGAUGGUAGGGGGGUUGCAAAGGCUUUGUUGGAUAAAAUAGCAAAUAAAGAGCGUGAAGCUCAGAAAUCCUUCAUGCACAGGUUUAAUAUUGCAGCUGACUUGACAACAGAUGCCUUAAAUGCUGGCGAGUUAGGUUUUGCUGCAAUUCUUGUGUGGAUGCGGUUUAUGGCUACAAGACAGCUUAUAUGGAACAAAAACUACAAUGUAAAGCCACGUGAAAUUAGCAGAUCUCAGGACAGGCUGACAGAUAUGCUACUGAAUGUUUAUAUAAAUUUUCCACAGUACCGUGAAUUAUUGCGUAUGAUUAUGUCAGCUGUGGGGCGUGGAGGAGAAGGAGAUGUAGGUCAGCGCAUAAGGGAUGAAAUACUGGUUAUUCAGCGGAAGAAUGAUUGCAAGGGUGGAAUGAUGGAGGAAUGGCACCAGAAACUUCACAAUAACACUAGCCCUGACGAUGUUGUGAUAUGUCAGGCAUUAAUUGACUAUAUCAGCAGUGAUUUUGAUAUUAGUGUUUAUUGGAAAACCCUGAAUUCCAAUGGAAUUACAAAAGAGCGCCUGCUAAGUUAUGAUCGCGCUAUCCAUUCAGAACCAAAAUUUAGAAGAGAUCAAAAGGAAGGUCUCUUACGUGAUCUGGGAAGCUAUAUGAGAACAUUGAAGGCAGUCCAUUCGGGUGCUGAUCUUGAAUCUGCCAUUGGAAAUUGCAUAGGAUACAAAGCUGAGGGUGAAGGCUUCAUGGUUGGUGUGCAGAUAAAACCAGUAUCGGGCUUGCCAUCGAGACUUCCAGAAUUGCUUAAGUUCAUCUUAAAUCAUGUGGAAGAUAAAAAGGUGGAAGCUCUUCUUGAGGGUUUGCUAGAGGCUCGUGAAGAGCUCAGGCCACUACUUUCCCAACCAAACAACCGCCUAAAGGAUCUCCUGUUUCUUGAUAUUGCUCUUGAUUCUACUGUGAGGACAGCUGUAGAAAGGGGCUAUGAAGAGCUUAGUACUUCAAAUGCGGAGAAAAUUAUUUAUUUCAUCACCCUUGUAAUUGAGAAUCUUGCACUCUCUAUGGAUGAUAAUGAAGAUCUUGUCUAUUGCCUAAAGGGAUGGAACCAUGGUCUGAGCAUGAUGAGAAGGGGAAACCAUUCUUGGGCUUUAUUUGCAAAAUCAGUCCUUGACAGGACCCGACUUGCUCUUUCCAGCAAAGCACAGUGGUACCAUCAUCUACUGCAACCAUCUGCAGAAUACCUGGGAACAAAACUUGGGGUGAAUCCGUUGGCAGUGAAUAUAUUCACUGAAGAGAUCAUUCGUGCUGGAUCAGCUGCUUCCUUAUCCUCACUUAUUAAUCGACUUGAUCCUGUUCUUCGACAAACUGCUAAUCUAGGAAGCUGGCAAGUCAUCAGCCCAGUUGAGGCUGUAGGCUACAUUGUUUUCGUAGAUGACUUGCUCUCUGUUCAACACAAAUCCUAUAAAGAACCAACAAUUUUGGUAGCAAAAACUGUAAAGGGAGAAGAGGAAAUUCCUGAUGGUGCCACUGCUGUAUUAACACCAGACAUGCCAGAUGUUCUCUCUCAUGUUUCUGUUAGAGCAAGAAAUGGAAAGGUUUGCUUUGCUACAUGCUUUGAUCCUCAUGUUCUGGCUGACCUUCGAGCAAAAGAAGGAAGGAUUUUGAGCAUAAGGCCUAGAUCUGGUGAUAUAAUAUACAGUGAAGUGGAAGAGGUUGAACUCGUGAGAACAAUUCAUAUCGAGGGCGAUGACCAUUCUCAUGCCUUGAGAUUGGUAAAAAAACACUUUGCGGGUAGAUAUGCAAUAGCAUCUCAAGAGUUCACCAGUGAAUUGGUUGGAGCUAAAUCACGUAACAUUGCAAAUUUGAAGAUAAGGGUGCCAUCUUGGAUUGGAAUUCCUACUUCAGUGGCCCUUCCUUUUGGAGCUUUUGAACAAGUUCUUUCAGACAUUGUUAAUAAGGAUGUGGCAACAAAAUUGCUAGUUCUCAAGAAACGAUUAUCUGCAGGAGAGUUCAGUGUCCUUGGUGAAAUCAGAAAAGCAGUUUUAGAACUUUCUGCCCCCUCCCAACUGGUCAAUGAACUCAAAGACAAAAUGCAAAGUUCUGGUAUGCCUUGGCCUGGUGAUGAAAGUCCUAAGCGGUGGGAACAAGCUUGGGUGGCAAUAAAAAAGGUCUGGGCUUCAAAAUGGAAUGAGAGAGCAUAUAUUAGCACAAGAAAAGUGAAACUAGACCAUGAUUGUCUUUGCAUGGCAGUACUUGUUCAGCAAAUAAUAAAUGCUGAUUAUGCAUUUGUUAUCCAUACAACUAACCCAUCCUCUGGUGAUGCUUCCGAGAUAUAUGCUGAGGUUGUCAAAGGCCUAGGUGAAACGCUGGUUGGGGCUUAUCCAGGCCGUGCCAUGAGUUUCUCCUGCAAAAAGAAUGAUCUCAACUCUCCUCAGGUGCUAGGAUACCCAAGCAAACCCACAGGACUUUUCAUAAGGCCGUCUAUAAUCUUUCGCUCUGACUCGAAUGGCGAAGAUUUAGAAGGUUAUGCUGGGGCAGGGCUUUAUGACAGUGUGCCAGUUGAUGAAGCAGAGAAAGUCAUACUUGAUUACUCAUGUGAUCCAUUAAUAACGGACCCCGACUUCCGCCAAUCAGUACUCUCAAAAAUUGCAAGUGCUGGAAAUGUGAUAGAGGAGCUCUAUGGACAUUCUCAGGACAUUGAAGGUGUUGUGAAGGAUGGGAAUGUGUUUGUUGUUCAGACAAGACCUCAGAUGUGAUCUCCACUUGCCAGUGUGCUGAAACAUAUGGGAUUGCAGUAUGCAGGCAUUAUUUAAGGUUGUUAAUGUGGGCUGCAUGCAUGCUAGAAGAAAAUAAAGGUAAUGCACUAAUAUUGUUUGUGAAGAAACAAACAAACAAAUUCUUAUACAACUAAUACUAAAACUGCAAGUCAUAUAAAUUUGAAAGAGUUGGUUGUGUUGCUAUAUUUGUCAAACAAUUGAUUGUUUUGGUUGAAAUGGUUGAGAGUGGGGCAGAAUAGUACGGAGCAGAAUACUUUAAUUUCAGUGUAUUGUCUUGAAUAAAUUAAAUGAAAUGAUGGCAUUGUCUGGCAAUACCAUGGUACGGUGGGUUUUGUAGAGACAUCAUUUGUGUGUGAUGUACUUCUACAAGUAUGGGAAUAAAUUCUGG